AGAAUCCCCGGUUGCCUGCCUGAGGGGCAAUGUUUGACAGUAUUGCCUGAGGGUCUUGGUUCUCUUCCCGCCGCAUCAACAUCAUCCAUCCAUCCAUUACUAACUCCGACUGCCUCAACAGCCAGUCCGAUCUCCUGACUUCUUUCUUGUUGACGGGCCAUUUGCUCCCGGUGCUCCCCUGGUUCUGUUCCGUUUGCUUUUUUUUCUGCCUUUCCCGCCGUCAGCGCUGCCAGCGAAGCCGUUCUCCAUCGCACUACUUGCCCGCGAGGACGACACGCCAUGGAGCCCAUCGUCGAUGCCGAACAGGCGAGGAAGCUGUCGCUCUUCCGACCUCUUGGCUACCAGCGCAACUCUUGUGGUUACUGCAAAUCCGAUAAUGGCAGUGCCUCUUACUACACUAGUUCGCUCUCUGUACGCCCGGCGCAUUAUGAGUCCCUUGUCAAUAGGGGCUGGAGAAGGUCGGGGACACUGUACUACAAGCAGAACCUGCAACGAUCAUGCUGCCCUCACUAUACGAUGAGGCUCGAGGCUUCCGCCUUUACGCCCAGGAAAGACCAACGGAAGGCAAUCAACCGCUGGAACAAGUUUGUUCUUGGUCCAGAGUACAUCCGUAGAGCAGCAUAUCUCUGCCCCAAGACGCGGGAGGAGAAGAAGCAUCGGAAGUGCAACUUUGACGUGCUCGGUGUCGUCCACGAGGCCGAAUACAACAACGUAAAGCGGCCCAUUGACCCGAAAACCAAGAAGCACCUAGAGCCUGCUCAUCGCUUCGAGGUGAACCUGGAGGGCGACUCCAUCUCCCAGGCCAAAUACGAGCUGUUCCUCAAGUACCAAACCGCGGUGCAUAAAGAGGAUGUCUCCAAAUGGUCAAACAAGGACUUCAAGCGCUUCCUCUGCUCAGGCUUGACGCGGUCACCUGCCAAUUCCGCCAAGUCGGACGAAAAGAAGCUAGGGUCGUGGCACCAGUGUUACCGACUGGAUGGAAAACUCAUCGCCGUGGCAGUUUUGGACCUCAUGCCAAACGGGGUGAGCUCGGUCUAUAUCUUCUAUGAUCCGGAAUACGAGCAGUUGGAGUUUGGUAAACUCAGCGCAGUGCGAGAAAUCGCUCUUGCGGUUGAAGCUCAAUACCAGUAUUACUACAUGGGCUACUACAUCCACUCCUGCCAGAAGAUGCGCUACAAGGGCACCUUCCGCCCCCAGUAUAUCUUAGACCCAGAGACCUACACAUGGGACCCUCUCGAUGGAGAACUCUCCAAGAAGCUCGAUGAAUGGCCCUAUGUCUCUCUUUCUCGGGACAGACAACCCAACACUAACCCCCGGGACGAUCGCGCCGAAGCAGAUGCUGAAAUCAACGACGAAGAAGUGUCCCUCUUCGACCUGCACAUGCCUGGAGCUCUGACAAUAGACGAAGUUAAAGCCCUGGACUUGGAUCACUGGUUCCUUCUGUACCAUGGAUCAUUCGUACAUAUGAUUGACCUCGUCGGGUGGGAGACAAUGCCUCUGAAUAACCCGCAAUCAGUCAAGGGAAUCAUUGCCGAGUUGGCGGCGGUGCUGGGUCCGGAGAUCGUCCAGCACAGUGCCGUGGUGCUCUUUGAUUAGAUACUUAGAUAUGCUGCUGGCUGAAGCCAUAUCUACAAAAUGAAGAUAUGUUUGCACUACGCACGAUGCACAAUUUGAAAAGGGGAGGUCCAUUUUAUGUAUGCCACUAUGUAUACCGACCGGCCUGUAGAAUCGAUCACAGAUGAAAAGAAAUUAAGAAA